AUGACUAGGCGAGCCACCACCUUGUUCCCUGUGAAGGAUCAGACGUUCACCCCCGACUCAUCUUCCGAUGAUUAUGUUUAUCCACCACCUGAUCCUAUCCAGAUCCCCUGGGUCAACGACCUCGACACAAUGUACGUGCGUCUGACGCUCUUCUUGAGCAUCCCCAUAUUCGCUCGCAUAUUCCUCUUCGGUCCGGCGCUGGAUACCUUCAUACGCCUCUACGUUCUUGCAACUACUGGCGUCUCCAUGGUACACUUCGGUCGAGGACACGUCAACCUCGAUACCGUCAAGGAGGUCCUCUACGGAUUGGCCGUGUCUAGCUACCCUUCCUGGGGUUCAUCUCUCCUUCAGUACCUGUGGGUUGGAUCUGAGGUCCGCGGUCUGCGAUGGGAGAUUGUCUACUGGAUGUUUGUACUAAGGUGGUUGGCAUACUUCCUUCCUCAGGAAUACGGCAUCGAUGUCGAGUCGCUCAUGAACAUCUACCACACCACCAACCGCCAGCUCGACGCCUAUGUCAUCAUCAUCGCCGGGUCCAUCGUCUGCUCUGUCCUCUGGCCCGCUGAAUCGCCUUUGUACGAAGGACUGAUCAUGCUGUAUGUUGUUCACAUGUUUGUGAAGCACUACUACUUGGCUUACUCCAACUACUCUCGUCUUUGCGAACGCGAGAAAAAGGCGCAAAAGACCUUCUCCAAGAAGAACACGUAUCGAAAGAAGCGCCGGACGUCUAAAACUCGAGGUGAGCAGGUUCGUGUCAAGCGCACGUUUGGAACCAAGGGCAGCUACCUUUUGAAGGGAAAGGGUACUUCCUGGGAGAAUGAGAAAUGGGAUUGA